UCCCACUCGCCAUUUUUUUACAAUCUCUCCUUCUUUCUAUAAAACCUUCUAAACCUCCUCAUUCCAUUCUCAUUUUUCUCUCUCAAUUUUUUUCUCUUCCCAUUUUCCUUUCUCUCUCUCAAUACCAAAAAAAAAAGAAAAAAAAGAUAAAAUGGACGUUCGCCGGCGACACCACUCUUCGGCCCCCGCCGGCGAACCUUUGAAAAAGAAGAACACCCCGCCACCUCCUCCAGCACCUCAGCUGGUGUCGACGGUGGUUCCUCUGUACGUAACAAACGGCGUCUUCUUCGGGGUGUUCUUCUCGGUGGCAUACUUUCUCCUCCACCGGUGGCGCGAGAAGAUCCGAAACUCGACCCCUCUCCACGUGGUCACGCUCUCGGAGAUGGCAGCGUUCCUCUCCUUAAUCGCUUCCCUCAUCUACCUCCUUGGAUUCUUCGGCAUUGGCCUUGUCCAACCCAUUAUUGCAGCUUCCUCACGACCUUCCUCCGAUGACGAAGCAGAAGAAGAAGAAAUCAUUAAAGACGACGCAAGAAACCCCGGCCCCUGCCCCGCCGGAAUAAUCGACUGCUCCGCCGUCGCCGCUAUUUCCCCUGCUCCGCCAUCGCAGAAACCUCAGCUUCCACUUCACGUUCCGCCUCAGAUUCCUCCUCUAUCUUCCGACGACGAGGAGCUCGUACAGCAGGUGGUGUCCGGCGAGGUUCCGUCGUACUCUCUGGAGUCCAGACUCGGUGACUGCCGGCGUGCGGCGGUGAUACGGCGCGCGGCGGUGGAGAGAGUCACCGGAAGGUCCCUGGAGGGUCUUCCGGUGGAAGGUUUCGAUUAUGAUUCGAUCUUGGGACAGUGCUGCGAGAUGCCGAUAGGGUUUGUUCAGAUUCCGGUGGGUGUUGCGGGUCCAUUGUUGCUCGAUGGGGUGGAGCACACGGUGCCAAUGGCCACCACCGAGGGCUGUUUGGUUGCAAGCACAAACAGGGGUUGCAAGGCCAUAUCUAUCUCCGGCGGCGCCUCCUCCGUCGUCCUCCGUGAUGGCAUGACCAGGGCUCCCGUCGUCAGGUUCGCCACCGCCGUCAGAGCCGCACAACUCAAGUCCUACCUUGAAGACCCAAUCAACUUCGAUUCCCUCGCUGUCGUUUUCAACAAGUCAAGCAGGUUUGCAAGGUUACAGAAGAUCAAGCCUGCCCUUGCAGGGAAGAAUUUGUACAUUAGAUUCAGUUGCAGCACCGGUGACGCCAUGGGCAUGAACAUGGUCUCCAAAGGUGUCCAAAAUGUUCUUGAUUUUCUCCAAACUGAUUUCUCAGACAUGGAAGUUAUUGGAAUUUCAGGAAAUUAUUGUUCGGACAAGAAAGCUGCCGGAGUUAACUGGAUCGAAGGGAGGGGUAAAUCGGUGGUGUGUGAGGCGAUAAUCAAGGAGGAGGUGGUGAAGAAAGUGCUCAAGACAAAUGUAGAGUCUUUGGUUGAGCUGAACAUGCUGAAGAACCUCACCGGAUCCGCGGUGGCCGGGGCUCUCGGCGGAUUCAAUGCUCAUGCGAGCAAUAUUGUAUCCGCCGUGUACUUGGCCACCGGGCAGGACCCUGCUCAGAAUGUAGAGAGCUCUCAUUGCAUCACCAUGAUGGAAGCCAUCAACAAUGGCAAGGACCUUCAUAUCUCUGUCACCAUGCCUUCUAUUGAGGUGGGAACAGUUGGAGGGGGAACACAACUGUCAUCUCAAUCAGCAUGCCUUAACCUACUUGGAGUGAAGGGUGCAUGCAAAGAGAGUCCAGGUGGAAACGCAAAACAAUUGGCCACAAUAGUAGCAGGUGCAGUUCUAGCAGGUGAGCUCUCUCUCAUGUCUGCAAUUGCAGCUGGUCAACUGGUCAAGAGUCACAUGAAAUACAACAGAUCUAGCAGGGAUGUUUCCAAGAUGGUCUCAUAAGCCUAACUAGCUCACUUCACCAUGCCUUCUCAAUUUAAUCAUAAAAAAAAUGGGGUGUAACAUAUAGUUAAAUUAAAAAACUUGUAUCAUCAAUCAAUUAAUAAUGUAAAAAAAAAAAGAUGAAGGUUUAAUUUUGUCUGUGAAGUUGUAAGUGCUAUUCAAUUGUUGAUACUAUAUCUUGUGAUUUAAUUUAGUCCUACUGUAAUCUCAAUAAGAGAUUAGAUUAAAUCAUGAAGUGUAGUAUUAGAGAUUAAAUUAAAAUUUUUGAAAGUUAAAAACUCAAUUGAAUUUGAAUUAUGCUUACAAUGUUCAAGAUAAAAUUUAAGCUCUAUCCUUAAAAAUAUUAAGAAAAAGAAAGAUAUGCCAAACCAGUACAUGUGUGAGUGAGGAUCACAAAUCACAGAGACAAUUUUGUAAAAGUGGUGGGGGUGUGAGAAUAACAAGUCCAUGGUUGGCAAUGGCAUCUUUUGUAGAGUAAUAAAAAAAACAAACAAAAAAUGGGACCCCAGAGAGGCAUGUGUGUGUGUUUUUGUUAGGAAGAAACAAACAGUGAAGACAGCCUGCAAAUUAGAAUUACUUAUAUAUCUCAACUCCAUGUGAAUGUGAUGAGUGUCAUGAACAUUUUUCCUUUUCUAAAGUUUGUACAUAAAAGACUUGAGAAUCAAA